AUGGCAGAUGCUGAGGAGACUGUGAAGGCUGACUCCUGCGAGGAGACCCAGCCGGAGGUUGCUGCUGCCCAGGCCUCGCUUGAGGGGAGGCCUGAAGACGAGCAGUUGGUGCCUGCAGCUCCGGAAGCUGGAGGCAGUGGGCCAGCUGUGGAACCUGCGGCUAUGUUGCCUGCGGCUCCGGAGACUUGUGUGUGCAGGUACUGCAAAGCCGAGCUGCCCUGCUCCGAGUGCCACGACUACCCUGGGAUCACGAAUCCCCACCGCCGCGGGGGCUGCAAGCCUUGCCACAACGCCCAGGUUACCUUGCAACGUCACGGCAUCCGUGCCGAAGAGCUCUGCCACGGGGAGGGCUUGGACAAGUACUUUGCUCAGCUCCGCCGCGAGCGGGAGGAGCUGCAGAAGGCCGACGGUCGCCUCACCUACGGUCGGAUGCGGGCGAUGCUGAAGCACCAGAUCGUGUCGGAAAGGGUCCAAUCCUACGAGUCCUCGACCGAGGGAGAGUACCAGCCGUUGAGCUACUGGGAGCUCAAAGGUUACGAUGUGGAGAGCAUCCAGGCUCAGGCACCCUGCAAGAUGCAUGCCAUCUUGGGAGCCACUUACCGAGUGGCCAUCGACAAAGACAAGCAUGCUGAGAUGGUGAGGGAGACCGAGAAAAAGCUUGUUGACAUGGAGAGCCAACUCUUUCAGAAGAAAAAGAAGAAGGAGCUGGACAAGGAGGGUGCUGCCAAGGCCCUGCAAGACGUGGGCUUCCGGCCGGGGGUGCCUGUGGAGUUGGACUCGGACCCCGGGCUGUCUGAGGACGGCAAGGCCGAAGCCGAGGAGAAGCCCAAGGGUAACAAGAAGCGGAAGACGGAAGAGGAAAAGGAGGAAGCUCGGGAGGAGAGGAAGCGAGCCAAGAGGGCUGAGAAGCAGGACCGUGUGGAGCUUGCUGCUGCGGCCAAGGUACUCCCCUCCCUAAAAGCUGUGGAGGAGAAGCUGCAGAAGGCCUGGGCCAAGGUCACACCUGAGCUGCUGCCAAGCAUGGACGAGGAGGCCCGUGCGGAUGUAGAGGCUGUCCUCCAGGAUCUGAAGGAUGUGAUGGAUCAGGCCCAGACUCGCCUCCAGGCUGCGGCGAAGGGGAAGGCGGCACCGGCCGCUGACUUCAGCCUCUGGAAGUCCGAGAAGGACCUCAACCAGAAAAUCAAGGAGGCCAACCAGGCCGUGCGAACCGUGCAGUCCUUCUUGAAGGGGCAGCAGCCGCAGCGACCUGCACAGCCCAAGGCAAAGGGAAAAAGCAAGGCCAAAGCGAAGGCCAAGAUGGGUGAUGGCUACAAGAAGUGCCGCCGUUGCGAGCGGCAGGCAGGCCAGCCGGCCGUGGACUCACGGCAGGCUGCUGUGAGCCUUCUGACCGAGGAGACUUGCAGAACGGCUUUGGGCCGUUGGUCUGGUGAGACCAUAUGGAGAAUGACCCGCCUGCUGGAGCAGGGCAAGCUGGACGAGAAGCGGCCAAGUGGUGCCUUCCGCCGCAAACUGGACAAGGUGCUGGGGCCCAUGCGAGCUUGCUUCCAAACCCGUCGGCUGCCGGCCACGGAUGGCCGAGGCGACGUAGGCUUUGUGGUUGCUGACAUGAAACAACUUCUCUUCCGGGUCGCUGAGCACAGUCCAGAGAUGAAGCACUUCUUCAGUAGCCACCGUCAGCUCCGGGUGAUCUGGGCUCAUGACGAGACCACGGGGGGCAAUGUGCUCAGCACCGACCCUUCCUUGAAAGCCCUGCUGUUCUAUGUUUCCUUCGUAGAACUGAAAGACCACCUGCAGUCGCCAAGCACUUGGUUCCCCGUUGCCAUGCUGCUCCACUCCCAGAUGAAGCUGUUGCCUGGCGGUCUGGGCCAGGCUACUGUAGCCUUCCUGCAGGCUUGGCAUGAGCAGUCCUUGGACCGGCCCUUCUUCCUCUGUUCGGAGGUGGAAGUGCAGCUCCAGCUGCAUCUUUUCCUCAGCGACCACGACAGCCAAAGGGGAGCCUUCCAUGCCAAGGGAUCGGCAGGCUUGAAGCCCUGCCUGUUUUGCUGCAACUGUGUGGCCAGGCACAGUCCAGCUGCUACUGCUGGAGGCGGCUUCCACAGCUUCGACCAGGAGGACCUGUCUCAGUUCACCUUGUAUAAGUCCGCUGAGCUGGUGCCCUACAUGGAGGCCGCUGUGGCUGCUGCUCCAACCAUGACCAAGAAAGAACGGGAGCUCAGGGAACGAGUCUCGGGGUUUCGUCUUGACAUCGCCGAACAUGGCCUCUGGGGUGCCGGUGCUGCUGCAGCCCGACGGCUUCUUACUGUGGAGAAGACCUGCAACGACUCCAUGCAUGCCUACUUUUCCAAGGGUAUCGCUGGAAGCGAAACGGUUUCGUUUGUGGCUGCUAUUAAGGCCCACACGGGCCGGUCCAUGCGGGAAGUGGCCGAUGCUGUGAAGGCAGCCGGCUGGAAACGUCCCGGCAUGUAUCAGAGAGCAGGCCAGAACUCUAGCUGGACAACCCGGCUCUUCAACUCUGUCUUCUUCGAAGGCGACAACUACAAGGGUUCUGCUGGUCAGAUCCUGGCCCUCAUGCCGCUGCUGCGGUUCUAUGCCGCCAAGGUGUGGAGCCGUGUCCCGGCCCUGACACAAAAAGCUCAUUGCUUCCUUCUGCUGUGCUUGUGUGCUGAGCACGUGCAGAACGUGCUCUACACAGGAGACACGGAUGCUUUGGACGAAGCCCAGCGAGCCCACCACAAAGCUUUCGUGGAGUGCUAUGGCUCCGACAUGCUGAGACCAAAGCAUCAUCAUCGGCUGCACUUGGGAAGCCACUACCGACAGUUCCAGUGCACCCCUACCUGCUGGCCGGCUGAAGCCAAGCACCAGCACUUUAAGCAGUUCUAUGCCGAGGCCUGCUCUUCGCAACUUGGAAAAAGUCGUGAGGGUGGUUUCUCUAGAACUGUGCUUCCACGACUUCUGCACCGCAGCAUUGAGCUCCUGCGGGAAAACCCCCCACUUCUGGAUGGGGCUUUCGAGCUCCUCCAAGCUUUUUCUGAGGACGAAGUCCUCCAAGCUACCGGUGUCGAUGGAUGCCUGCUGGCCUCCAAGUGCCGAGUGGCUUUGUUGGAGCUCUGGCAAGACGACAUUUUGCUGUGGGGGCGAGAACCACGAAAGGGAGGACGUUGCCGCUUCUUCCUUCGGAGGAGGGACGUGCUGUACGUCGCCUUCGAGCCGCUGCAACUGCAGAGCUGCCGUCCAGAGGAAUGUGUCUUUCGCAAGACAGAACAGACUAGCAUGCUACGUUUUGCUGACAUGCAGCAUCCAAGACUGCCUCAAUGGCAGUGUGAAGAAGGUGACCGCAUCAUCUGCCUGCCAUGA